AUGAUAUGUCUGGAACAGUUGGGCUCAUCAUAUCAUAAACUUGAAGUAUGUGGUCAUGUUUUUCAUAAAGUCUGUAUUGAUCAGUGGUUUCAAUCUAAUGGAAAACAAUCUUGUCCAAGUUGUGGAUAUGUCUAUGGUAUAAGUAAAGGUCCUCAACCACCUAAUGGUCGCAUGAUAGUUAAAUACAUAAACAAACCAUUACCUGGAUUUGAAAAUGAAAAUUAUGGAUCUGAUCAACCAACUAUUGAAAUAGUUUAUACAUUUAAAGCUGGUCUUCAAGGUCCUCUUAAUCCAAAUCCUGGUAAACCCUACUCUGGAACAACACGUAACGCUUAUUUACCAAAUAAUGAAGAAGGAAAAGAAGUAUUGCGUUUAUUACGAAAAGCAUUUGACGAUCAACAUAUAUUUACUAUUGGAAGAUCAACAACCAGUGGUCAAGAUAACGUUAUUACAUGGAAUGAUAUUCAUCAUAAAACAAGUAUUCACGGUGGACCUGAACGUUUUGCUUAUCCAGAUCCGACCUAUUUAUUUCGGGUUCGACAAGAACUUGCUGACAAAGGAUAUAAAUAA